GUGUACCACAUAGAUUAGAGUCCGUCGAGUUCCGUCAGUCUACAGUGGAACUUGUUGAGCUUCAUAUCUGGCCCAAAUUCCAAGUUCAACGUGGUUAUUUCGGUGGAGGUAGUGACAGUGUCAGUUUGGAGACAACAACCGACUCCAGAGAAGAAGGAACAACUCCGUUUCGGAACACUGUUCUCUAAAGUGAGUUAAUUAAUUACUUCCCCACCUUGUAACAGGACUGGGCUACUGACGAUUUGGUUGACGCAUACACACUAGACGAUAACAACAUGCAGGAUUAUUACGGACAAACAAUGACAGGGAGUUAUUUCUCCGCUCCCAGAAUGGGAACAGGAGCGACUUUCCUGCCACCACUUGAAAGCACCAUGCAAGCAUCUUACAAGAGCUAUGCACCGCCAUUUAUUGUAAGCCAGUCACUUAAUUUACCAUGGAAACCCAGCGUGUACUACCGAGGUGCUAAUAAGUUAAGUCCACUCAGCCAGAGUGCUCCCGUCGCCAAUCCUAGUAUACUGAUGCGAGAUGAUGCUGUCUACAGAGUACCCCCAAUGCUCCCUUCGAAUCGUACGGCUUUAUUUUCCAAGUAUACCCCAACGGAAUGGUUCAAGAGCAACAACACAAACUACCGAACGUCCGAUUUCACAAGAAGCGCUGCACAGCGGUUACGUGACGAGAACGUCCGAAUUGCUCACGACACCGACGCAAAAACCUUUAAGAACCAACACGAAUCGAGCAAGAAUUUGGGACAGAGGAUGAGCGACAUCAACUUCUGGAAAUCGGAACUACAUAAAGAAAUCGAUGAAAUGCAGAAAGAAAUCAACGACGUAGCUGCAUGGAAACAGAGAACCGAACACGCACUGAGAGAGACCGAAGGACCUUUGGCAAUUGCGCAAGAAUGCCUCUUUAAUCGUGAAAAGAGACAAGGAAUUGACUUGGUGAACGAUGCUGUAGAAAAGGAACUGUUGAAGGAGGUAGACACAAUUAAACGUUCCCAAGACCAACUGAGAAAAAUGAUCGACCGCCAGUCAGCACAGCUAAGCAUGAACAGAGCAGCCUUACAUGAACUCGAGAAAGACACCGCUGACAAAUGGCGCUCGCUGAACAUCGAUGGCAAAUGUCACCAGUUACAUAACAACUCGGAAGGCUUGGCAUAUUUCCGUGGCGUAGAGGGCGUGGACAACACGGUUUCUGUGCCAGAAAGUUGGGCUAAAUUCACCAACGAUAACCUGCUGAGAUCGCAGCGUGAGCGUAACGCAUCACGUGGUCUAAGAGGCGACGUCGACAGCGUCCUUCAGGAAACUGCCAAUGACAUGUGGACGCAAUACAACACAUCCAACGUCGCCUUUCAAGGUAGAGUGGCUGAGACGCUUGACGCUAGGAACAACAUCCAGGCCCAUUUGGCUAAAGUACUACAAGAAAUUAAUGAAAUGGAAAACAACAUUUCAAUGAUGCGAAAGGCACUCCAGGAUAAAAAUGCUCCUCUGCAAGUUGCUCAGUCACGUCUGGAUAGCAGAACUCGACGACCCAAUGUUGAACUCUGCAGAGAUCAACCACAACACAGGCUGGUCAGAGAAGUUAGUGAGAUCUAUGAAACAGUUGACAUUCUACAGAACCGUCUACGUGCCGGUGAGGCCGCUCUACAAGAACUCGUCCGUACCAAGACCACCCUGGAGCACGACUUGUCCGUUAAGAACAACAGUCUUUUCAUCGACAAAGAGAAGUGUAUGGGUGUACGUAGGACAUACCCAACCACCACUAAGUUGGCUGCCUACAGACAGGGUCCAUAAAGCAUUCUCCGAAAUUACAAUAUCCAGCUAGUCAAUGAAGUGCACACACAGACAGCGCCACCUCUACACCAUUACAAUGUUCUGUUUGUUUGUUUGUUUUUUCAACCAGCCCUUCAUUGAAAUUGGCUAUGCCUUUUUAGUGGCAAUUAUCUGAAAACUUUACACUCGACAAAGAAUACUUAAUUCGUAUUUUUAUUUGAAUUCAGUAAUUUAUGUCGACCGUUGAUUGAUUGAUACUGCAGUGCAGUCCACGACUUGAACUCGAAGUUGUUUAUUUUGAGCUUAUAAAGCAUAUUUACGGAUUUAAGGUGGAAUCUAAGCAGAUACACACUGGUAGAAAUUAAUCAACCACACAGUAUUACAAAUAAAUAGCAUAAAUAUAGCAUAGAAUGCUCUAAACGCACCAACGCUUAGCACAAUAGCCUUAGGGUCAGGGUUCAGCCAAUAAAUCCCACAGCUCACAUGGUGGGAUGCCUAUGCAAAUAUUCUGCUUGAAAAAUUCAAGCGUUUAACCGUCCAUGGAUUAGUAUAUAUUAAAUGGUAUUUUCGAUGAUGCCGAAUUUAGGCACACUCCCAGUGACUGCAAUAGCGGUGUUUGCCAGUCUUGCACCACUUGUCAAUUUCACUAAUCAAUUAUGCAAAGCUUUAAUUCAUCAUUAGACUCACGUUUGUAUUUUAGGUGUUCAAUUUAUGCACGAAUUUUCAAUGUAAAUAUGUUUUUUUUUCUCUUUCCAUUAACGUUUCGAAAUUAAAAGACGCAGAGAAAUGGAGCGGUGUUGAGAUUGUACAGUUAAAAUGUAGUGUUCACUCACAUACAAAUGGUGCAGAAAAUGGUGCGAUCAUCUAAAAUUUAACUUAAAAAAUAUGUUUAAACUGUUUGAAGUGUGUUUUGUUGUAUUUUUAACAUGAACAAUUAUAACUAAUUAUAAUUAGUUUUUUUUCAGCAAUUCCGUCCAAGUUUCUUUGAAACGCAAUUAGAAUAUCUAGCCUCCUGAUCACAGAGUGUCUUACAGAUUUUUCAAAUAGAUAAUUUGGAAACGUUUGCUAUAAAAAGGAUUUUGAUAUAAAUAUGAACCCACGAAUAUUAAAUCAAAAUUGGACACAUAUAUUAAUAUAUUAUGGUGUCAUAUUUAUGUCGUUUCCUAUAAAGUGUUCGUUUGGUGUUCAUUACUUCAAAGUGCGCUUGAUUGUUUUUUGUUACAUUAUUGACACAUUUGAAGCGUGCUAUUGAUGUAUCGUAAUAUCAGAAAUGAAUAAAUAUUGCUAUGAAAUAUAU